CACCGUAGGAGUACGAGCACGGCGUAUGACAUAUCGAAGUUGUGGUGAAGUAUCGUACAAUCCCACAUCUUCCAUUUGCUGCGCUGAUCGAGUAAUACGAAUUUCGGGUUUUACUUCCUCGUGCUGUGGAGCCAAAGCUUACAACACAAGGUAUGGCAGGUGUUGCGGUGAUAAAAUUGUCAGAAAAUCAGGCUCAGCCUGUUGCAGUUCCCAACCCUACGACAAAAGAGUCCGAAUGUGCUGCGCCGGUAAAGUAGUCGAUAAAUCUGGCUUUACCUCAGCCUGCUGUGGUUCCAAAUCCUACAACUCAAGAACACAAUUGUGUUGUGAUGGUAAAGUAGUUGGUAGAUCGGUUCCAGCCUUGGCUUGUUGUGGAUCUCAAACCUACGACAAAAAAUUCCGAAUGUGCUGUGGCAAUAAAAUAGUCGGUAAAUCUGGUUUUACCUCAGCCUGCUGUGGUCUACAGUCAUACAACACGCGAAGCAAAAUGUGCUGUGCCGGUAAAAUAGUCGGUAAAUCUGGCUUAACCUCAGCUGCCUGCUGUGGUUCCAAAUCCUACGACACAAGAAGACAAUUGUGUUGUGAUGGUAAAGUAGUUAGUAGAUCAGUUCCAGCCCCACUGGCCUGUUGUGGAUCUCAAACCUACAACAAAAGAUUCCGAAUGUGCUGUGGUGGUAAAAUAGUCGGUAAAUCUGGUUUUACCUCAGCCUGCUGUGGUUCCAAAUCCUACAACUCAAGAACACAAUUGUGUUGUGAUGGUAAAGUAGUUGGUACAUCGGCUCUAGCCCCGCUGGCCUGUUGUGGAUCUCAAACCUACAACAAAAGAGUCCGAAUGUGCUGUGGCGGUAAAAUAGUGGGUAAAUCUGGUUUUACCUCAGCCUGCUUGGAACGUGAUUUCUACUGCUGA